AUGGCAAGCAGCUGGAAGGCCGUGCCUGAUAACAUCCUUUCUGAUAAGCCUCUGAGAGAUCAACAAGUGGCUGAUCAAGCUAUGAAAGCAUUGCAAAGGCUUGCCCCUGAAGCAAAAUCUGGUAAAAAGCCUUUCUUUCUCGCAGCUGGAUUUUAUAAGCCGCAUUUACCAUUCAUAUUCCCAGAGUCAGUGCUUAAUUUCUAUCCGAAAAAAUCAAUACGUUUGCCGAAAAAUCCGCACAUUCCUUUAAAUAUGCCAAAGAUCGCAUGGAGUAGUUACACCUUCCUAAGAAAACACCCUGAUAUAAAAGAUUUGAACAUAACUGGUGAAUUUAAUACAACACUGCCUAAAUUCAAAAUGCUCGAAUUACGUCGCGCCUAUUAUAGUGCCGUGACGUUUAUCGACUUUCAGAUCGGUCGUGUUCUCAUGGAGGUAGACAGGCUUGGACUGAGUUCAAAUACAGUCGUUGUGUUCUGGAGUGAUCAUGGGUUUCACUUGGGUGAAAACGGUGAAUGGUGCAAGAAUACUGCUUUUGAAAUGUCUACGUGGGCACCUUUGAUGUUUCAUAUACCAGGAGUUACUGACCACGGUAUUGAAUCUGUCCAAUUAGCAGAAUUUGUAGAUUUGUACCCGACACUUUUAGAAGCUGUCGGUCACCGACCGCCGCCAAUAUGUCCACAAAACUCAAGGAAAAUUAAUUUCUGUGUCGAGGGAGUGAGUGUUUUAAGCCUUAUUGACCAGCCAAAUAAACCAAUAAAAACUGCCGUUUUCUCCCAAGUUGCGAGACCUAAUAGAACAAUGGCAUAUAUUGUAAGGACGAAAAACUACAGAUACACGGAAUAUGUUCACUACAAUUAUGCCACUGGUAAAAUAAAUUGGCAAACAAAGGCUGUAGAAUUGUAUGACCUUUCAAAGGAUCCGUUUGAAAAUAUAAAUGUUGCAGGCUUCAAAAAGUAUGGUCAUGUGAUAGCUGAAUUACGUGUUAAACUUAAAUUAGGAUGGAGAAAAUCAUUACUACCGAACAGCUCUAGAAAUGAAAGCAGACCAAUGGAUAAGAUAAUAAGUGAUCAAACAACGGACGUAAAAAGUAAUGAUGAAACAAGGGAUGUAUUAAGCAAUGAUAAAACAAAGGAUGUAUUAAGCAAUGAUAAAACAAUGGAUGUAUUAAGCAAUGAUAAAACAAAGGAUGUAUUAAGCAAUGAUAAAACAAUGGAUGUAUUAAGCAAUGAUAAAACAAAGGAUGUAUUAAGCAAUGAUAAAACAAUGGAUGUAUUAAGCAAUGAUAAAACAAGGGAGACCAAUUUUGAUGAAGCUCAAUCAGACGGUCCAGGAGAAGAGUCACUCUCAUCCUAG